AGCUCCCAGUAGCGGGCAGCUCGGCAAUAGCAAAUAAUACAUCGAGAACUAAACAAUUUCGUCGUGGUGUGGAGAAAGUAUUAGUUAACCGACGGCAUGGCUCAGAAAAUCUUCUGCAUUAUAUUGAUGGUGACCCUACACGUACUCAGUGCCGAUGCCCGACCUUCGGCGGGGGAGGCAAAGGCGGAUCCCAGCGAGUACCACGGAAAUCUGUCCGUGGAAACCGUCCUGAAAGUGCAGCAGUGCGAGAAGGAUGCCAAUACGAUGGAGCUGUGCAUGAGGUGCGCCAAGGUGACCAAGUCGAAUAUGGUGUAUCCUGUUUGCUGCAGCAACGACGAUGGCGUGAAGGACUGGUGCAGGGAAUACGUCUACUUCGGCAACGAUGAGGGCGAGGAUUAGGGGGCACAGGCGGCGAAGAAAACCCUGUACAUUAUUUCGUACUCCUGUAUGGAUUGGCUGUGAUAACCCACUGUAUUUAUUUUAAAUUAUAUUUAGGAAUAAACAAGGCUAAAUUAGCGUAUUUGUGGUCUUUACCCCUUUCCCACUUAAA